AUGGACAAUCACUCGCUGAUGAAGGUCCAAAUCCAGCGCACAUUGCUUAAUCCCCAAGAUCUUGGGGGACACGGUUCCCACCAAAGUGCCAUCGUCCGUCUUCAUCAGGCUAUUCGACAAUCCGCUUUAUCAGCCCUAGAGAGCGCAGGGCCACUGCUUCGCUCCCCGGUGGUACAUGUUACGGUUUCCGUUCACCGAUUGGUUGUGACACCCUCUGGGCUAAUCCCGUCCGAAAUCCGCAGCGUUUCCGAUUUGGAACGACUGUCGGUUAACACUCGGUUCCCCAUCAAUCAGCUGACCUCAGGUAGCUCUUUGCUGACGCUGUGUCGAUUGGCAGUAACGACUGCCAUUCUGAAUGGGGCCAGAAACAUUUCUGAGUGGAGUUUACUUGAGCCAAUGAUCCAAAUUGAGCUUCGGCUACCCACGGAUACAGGGGAUUCACUAUCAGAAUUCCUCGGCGAUCUUUCCUCGCGCCGUGCUGAAAUUCUCUCCGUAACCACAACUGACUCUAUCAACGGGAACACCGCUUACCAACCAAUGUAUCGCAUCGUCACUGCUUUGGCUCCGUUAGCCGAACUUAUCGGCUAUUCUGCCUCUGUCCGCGGGCUUUCCUCUGGUCGGGCUGACUUGCAUUUGUCUCUGGCAGAAUAUCGCCGCGUGAGCGCCGAGCAUCAGACUCACUUACUCGGGCGUAUCCGUUGGUCUCCGGUAGCUUCGUGAAUGUUGACAUCUGAAACUUUUGAUUUGUCGAUCUUCUCUGCGCCACUCGUCAGUAUGCACUCCUUCGUCAGCUUUGCUUUGUUUCAUCGGCAACUGCCCCACCGUGUGAAAGCGAUUCUCGUAUUUCUCCUUUCAUAACGAUUUACUUCAAUCUCCCCUCUUUUCAGCUGCUUUUGGGCAGCUUGUGAUUUGUGGCGUUUAUGUAAAAAAUAUGGAUUCAUCACUGUUUUAUUCUAUCUUGUUUCCAUGACUGUCUCAAAGCUUCCUGUUUUUCAUGGGACUGUCUCGCGUCCAAAGCUAUUUGAGCAGCAUAAUUCUCUUCUG